CUCUUCUCCAGGCUGAAAAACCCCAACUCCCUCAGCCUGUCUCCGUAGGAGAGGUGCUCCAGCCCCUUGAUCAUCCCCGUGGCCCUCCUCUGGACACGUCCUAAUACAUCCAUGUUCUUUUUGUGCUUGGGGCCCCAGAGAAAUUAGUGAGUGUGUCACUAAAUGUGCAGUGUUUGAACUGUUCUGUUUAUCUCUUCUUGUGUAAUGCUAAUUUGAUCUGUGGUAUACUAAAGAAAAUAAGCUUUAUUUUUCAUCCUUCUUCUUGCGGUUCAGACAAUUAGCAUUCAGCAGAGAUUCCUGAAUAAGCCAAUAACUUAGCGUGGAAAUCUGUAGCCCCACAGAAGAGGUUUGUUCUUCCAAGAAAAGAAUGUUGCUGGAUCAAGAGACUCCUUCCGGAGUCCUAAUAAAUUCCAGCAGUCUGGCUUUCCUUGUAAGCGUGUUUGUUGUGAGGUGGCACUGGUUAACGCUGAUGAAUCUUCUGAUGAUGGUUUAUUUUAAGGUGGCUUUACGGUGAUGAGCAUCCCUACGGAUACCUACUCCCAACUUUCUUCUGCAGAAGAACUUCCCAGGGAGGUUGAGGUUUGAUCCAUUAGCAACUAGGGCAGGACAGGAAUACUUGUGCCUUAUGUGUACUCUCUGUUAAGAGCUGUGACAGUCAGUGUGAAGAAAGCCGCCUGGUGGUGUUGGGAGAUUCGGAAAGAUAAAACAGCUGAAUAGCGACGUGGGGCUGCCACCUCAGUUGGAGAAGUAGCGCUCCGUGUUGCUUUGAGGCCUGAUGUUACUCUGAUACACGUCGUAGUAAUCCUGUAAAUGACACGUUUCUGGGCCUCCUGGUGAAGAGGUGUGGGAAUGGUUAAUGGUGGUGAGAUGGUUUUAGCGUGACAGAUCUGCUAUUGGACAGUACUUCCUUGUCGUCAUCCUCCCCCCUUCGCCCCCCCCCAAUUACUUUCCACCAAAUUUAAGUGGUUUUGGUUGUGUGGGUUUUUUUUUGUUUUUGUUAUUCUGGGUUGUGGUGGUGUUGUUUUUCUCUGUAAUAGCUCUUCGGCAUUUAUGCCACUUCUGGCCAAAGGAAAUCUGUGAAUCUGUGUAAGGUUUCACAUUUGGAGUCAUCCCAGGUGCUUGCUUUUUUUUUUUUUAUCUAAUUUUUAAUCCUUUUUUAAAGCUACUUUGUCACCAUACCACUGUACUGGGCUGUUUUCGGUGUCAUAUCCAACAAGCACCCGGUCUUGUGAAGCCUUCUGAGUGUUUUAUGUCCCAACCUGGGCUGUCAGGUGAACAGCAGUUUCAUUUUGAUGUCUUUCAGCAGCGUAGAUACAUCAAUGUAUCAGCUUGCUUUAAAAGAUUGUAAUUAAAACCAAUUCUAGCAGUUUGCAAUUUAAACGAAGCUUGUUUAAAGCUUAAUUCUUUGUGCUCCGCAGAUGCGUGUAUCAAUUAAUAUUUCCCAGCUUUUUAAUGUCAAAGUAUUUUUCCAAUUCCGUAUCUGAGGAGAAUAGAGGAAAAUGUCUCUUGGCUUCCUUGGUGAAAUGAACUUAGCAAGAAGCCACGCCAUCGGAUUCUUUGUAUACCUCGUAUGUCGCUCGGUCUUGUUCAUCUUCCUGUCUGGGGGAAACUGCUUUGCCAAAGUUAUUUUUGGUUUCAGUUGUAGCUGUCGGAUGAAGAGGGUGCCUUUGAGCAACUGGAGUUUGAAGGAGCUGAUGUUAGGUUAACGGGUGAUUCUGUUGUUCGCCAUCCCUCAUCCCUUGUGCUGCGUGCCCUUCUUGCUUCACCUCCCUCUGCCCCGUGUCUCCAAGAAGCCUCAAAGCCAGAUCUACAAAAAAUAGAGCGAGAGGAACUCGUGUAGCACCUAGAAAUGGUGAUCCCAGAACAGCGUCCCUGGGCUGGAUUUUGUAGGAGUGUAGAAUCGGAUGCGGUCUUGUUUUAAAAGUUCUUGUUCCCUCUUCCAAAAAUUGAGUAAAACGGGAUCUUCCCAAGCCUUGGUAAGGCUGGCAGGUGGCAGAAAAGCUUUCUUAGGAAGCAAAGAGAAAUCUCAACCUGAAGAACGGCGGGGCGAAGUGUGCCAAGAGCCCGCGCACUACCUGGCUACAGACGGGUACGGGAACGAGAAGGGCUGCGGGGGUGAGCCCUGUGCGGGGGGAGCAGGAGGCUGCAGGUCAGCACCCUGCCCUCCGUGGCAGAGAGCGAACGCCGGGCCUUCUUCGUCUCGUGUGUGCCCGGGGAGCGCAGAAGGCUGUUUGCUCACGUUUCCUGGAAAAACUCUUGAGUGACUGUCCGCGUAACUAGAGGUUUUAAAAGCGUUUCCUGCCGGAUUUGGUGAAAAUCACGCCGUGAAGACUUCAGGUUCAUUUUGGGGCGGGUGGCAGUGCACAAGGACUUUGGAAACUUAAUCUGCUGUGAGCAGAUUGUGCCGGUGGGCUUACUGGCCGCUGACAGCAGCGCACAACAGGUAGUCUCUUACUAAAUAAUAAUUUAAUUUUUUUUUUGUGGCAAUUCUAAAACAAGGGAAAAAAGGGAGAAAAUUGAGUGGUGUAUUGUGUUGCUUAAAACUGUGCAUAAAUGCAUCUUUUGGCUUAGGGAAAGCACCAAAUGUAGCAUAAAGGUAUUCUCAGGCACGUCUUGUCACAGUUCAUGUUAAGAGGUCUUUUAUGGAAGUGAUUUAAGAAAUACAGAGAAAGUUUAAGACAGGGAAUAAAAUUCAGUUGGUUUCCUUUAGCUCAAGGUUAUAACUGAUGACCAAUGUCAUUCCAUCCCCUGGGUGGUCUCAGCAUUUCUUGACCUAGGAAUAUGUUAAUAGCCUGCUAAUUAGUUUGUACCUCUAUUGACAUGGGGGGAAAAAAAGGAGAGGGGAGGGAGAUCCCAAAAUCCAUAAUGAGAGGUUGUGUGAUGAGGCAGUUUGAAAGAUCAUCUCAGCUUGGUUUUGGUAACUUUAGCUGCCUGGGAUAUGCAGUUAGCUCAAAUCUAACGUGCAUCUAAGUCCUCUCGGCCUCUUUUAGGUUCUUUGUUUCUGACUUGGGUACAGAUGGUGAAGUUGUGGGAGCCUGAGCGACCUCAGCAGUGCUCGGGCACAUGCUGGUGCUUGUGUUUAGGAGGGCUGUGCAGAGGAUGGUUGCAGAUUUACUUGGUAUUUUUAGACUUACUCUGUACUUUUAGAUCGUCUGUGUGUCCAGGGUGCUCCUGUCAAGCCUUGCCUGAAGGCCCUACAACUCUUCUGUAGAGAAGACUAAUUACCUGGAAGCAGCCAAAUCGGGCGGUCUGGCGUUACUUCAUGUCCUUUUUGAGGCCGUGGUGUGCCGUCUGCACUGUGACAGUGGCCAUGCGGCGUCCCUUGGCUGAGGCAGCAAGGUUAUGGCUAACGUAGGGCCAAGGACCUGCACAGCGUGCCACGGCUUGCACCUUUGGGCUGCUGUCUGCAGCCAGAACGGUGACGAGAACAGCCAGCUCCAGCUCCUAGGCCGUUACGGACAGGGGACGACCGCUUUGGCACAAAAGCGGCGGGUUGUUCCGCACGGCAGAGCAGCGUGCGUCGGUGCCAGCUGUGGGCUGCCCUGCUCUGCACGGCUGGGGGAACACCUCUGCGCUGUGCCCUCUGCCUGAGCACCGUGCGAUGGCCUCGGCGGCGUAGGACAAGGUCUGGGAAGACGUUUCUUCAGUCCUGGGUACCCCUGAUGAGAAUCACUUAUUUCCAUCUGCUUCUCUUCCCCCAUCAGCUAUUUGCACGCGCUGACAAGGUCCCUUGAUGAGUAGUUUCAGGUGCUCCAAGGGCUGGCACAUCUCCAUGGCCUUGGUUUCCCCAGUACGUCCACGUCUCGGUUGUACCGGGGAGCCCAGUGCUCCCGAAGGCCCCCAGCCCUGAGCAGAGGGCAAGGAUCCCUUCCCUCGCCCUGCUGCAGGCUGUGGGCAUUCCUUGCAGCAAGGCUGCGUUGCUGGAUAUGGCAGUUGAAGCCCGGCACAUCAAACCAGUGGAUUUCUGCCUUCCUGGUUUUGUUUGAGCGCAGUGCAGUAGGUCUUCUAGUACGGAUUUCUCUCUCGGUUGUGUUACUUAACUACUUUUAGGGCUUACCAGGGCUUCUCUGCUGCCAGGCCUGUAAAAACAUACCAAGGGAAGGAGAUUCUAGGCAAUUUCAGGCCUCUGCAGGUAGAAGCAGCUGUGCAUCAACAAGUGAUUUGUUUUAUUUUUUAGAGACAGAUUUGUAACAAGACUUUGCGUAGGCUUGAUGGUUGGACGCUUGGUAGUCUGUGAAGGCUUCAGUUUGGUCUUUUGUGCACUAAAAUGCAGGCUGUCUGGUGGGCUUGAUUCCUCAGCUUUCUAACCGCUUUAUUUUGUCUAUUAAAGAAUAUUUUUCUUACUACUUUGUAAUGCUCUGUCCUCUGAAAUGAGUUACUUGGUUUGUUUGGGGUCCCCCUGCUGCCCCCUGUCGUGUUUGGACAAGCGUUAGUUUUACUGUAAGCAAGCUUCACAACAUGAGCUUCAGUACCGGGUCAGCUGCUGUGAGAACCAGCUUUGUGCUUGCUCCCCGGCUCUUCCCCUGGAGCAGUUAGGUGCCUGGUGAGCAGGGCCAUGCACACCUGCGGCUCCUUCAGGACAGGUGCUGUGAACUCGUGUUCUCGCACGCCAGAGACCCGUUUGGAAGAACAUCAUUCUAAGAUACUGAGAAAUCUGGACUUUUUAACAGUGUACUACCUAAAGAAGGAAUACAUACAUACAUACAUAUAUAUAUAUAUAUACACACACAUAUAAGGAAUAUAAUAUAAGGAAUCAAAAGUUGUAGCUUCCUUGCAUUUAAUUUUAUGGUAUUUGUACCUCUUACUUUUUCUGUAACUUUAGUUCAAGAAACACCAUGAGUACAACUCAAAGAAAGCGCCGUGGAGGAUCGGUUAGUUCUAGGCAAGCUCAGAAACGAAGCAGGCUGAUGGCUUCCACCACGGAAAUGGCCUCAGAAGCAGAGCCAAUAGAACUUGAAGAAAGUGCUGGUGAAGAAGUAGUAGAUCUCACAUGUGAAUCUUCUGAUCCUGUAGUAGUUGAUCUAACUCACAGUGAUUCUGUUGUGAUUGUUGAAGAGAAUCAACGGCGAAGGAGAAAUCUCAGACUAAGAAGCCAGCGGCAGUCAGACAGCUGUGUACUGAGUAGCGAUGAUGAAGAUGAAGCAAGAGAUAAUGAUGUGUAUGUAACAGAUAAAGUGUCUCGAGAAUUGGGACCACUGGAGGAUGAAACUGCAAGUUCAAAGCCUUCUGGUACUGUUAGUUGUCCAAUUUGCAUGGAUGGCUACUCAGAGAUUGUGCAAAGCGGGCGACUGAUUGUGUCAACCAAAUGUGGCCAUGUCUUCUGUAGUCAGUGCCUCCGUGAUUCCCUUAGGAACGCCAAUUCCUGCCCAACCUGUAGGAAAAAACUCACCCACAGACAAUACCAUCCAAUUUAUAUAUGAGUACCUAUUUCUCAGGACAGAUUCAACUGGAUUUUUGGGGAAAAUGUCUUGGUUUCAAUGCUCUGAAGAUUUAAGGAGCAGCAGGUUGUGAACUCAUCCAAAUAAAACUGAUUUUUUUUUUUGAGAAUAACUUGUACAUAUAUAAACAGCUUUUUUAUGGUCCAAGCUGCUUCUUGUUAUGUCACUGGUUAUAAUGUUGAAUUUAUGACUGUCUAUAAACUAGACCAGCAGCCUAUAUCAGAAAUGAAGCAGCUAAUCCAUUUCCUUCUACUUUUUUAAUGCGUAAAUAAGAGGGGUCUGAAUAUUUUGUUAUUUGUUACUCUUGAAAUUAUUCCCACCAUUGCGUACAGGUAUGAAAUAGUUACCUUUCAAAAUACAGAUGAACAAUUUGCCAUUUCAUUACUCUUCUGUUUUUAUCCUAUAAUAUGCUCAUUAAUAUAUUGCUUUCUGCUAAAUCAUCUUUGUCCAAGUAGAAUAAGUUCUGUAUCAAUUGAUCAUUUCAUCAUAAAUCAAUAUGAAAUUGACACCCAGGGUAAUGCAAUAAAAUAACCUGCUGUUAACCAGCAGUCAGAUUUUUUUAAAGCAGAAGGCUUGAACGUGUAGAUGUCUUUAUGAACUCCAUGAGAUCUGAAGUACAUAGCCAAACUGCAACAUGUACAACGUGAAAACAGUUAUUUGAAUGUUUUAACUGCCAAGAAUUCCUGUAUUUGGAUCACAACAAUGAAUUUAUUUUCUAACAUGAUGAGAUGGUCACUUGGGUUAACUACUGUUCUAUAGAGCUCUGUCUCCUUGUAACUGAGGCGAAUACAGUCUUCUCUAGGCUUGCUAGUGAUGAAUAAGAAGCAAACUGCAUGCUUUGCUCUUAUCAGCUGAAUACCAAACUACCCAGACAGAUCUUCUUACUGUAUCAAGUGUACCCAAUGCAAUGCUUCAAGUGCAGUACGUUCACUUCACUGUUCUCUUCAGUCACUGUACUGGUACAGUUGACUGGUUUUAGCCUGAUGUAUAGGAUCAAAAUUUAAGUAAUUGCAAUACCAUGAGUUCAGAGGAAAUAGAGACUUUAAAAGACAUUUGGCAGCAAUCUUGACUUGCAAAUUUUUUGAAAGAGAAGCUUAAACUGUCUUUGCCCUGAGGGUCGUGCAUCUUUCUUUUAAAAAGAAGUCAGGUAUAUGUCCUAGGAGAGAACUCUUCUAUUUAAACAAGGCAGGAAUACACAUGCUUAUGUACUGUUAGCCAGUUAUUUCUCUUCUUCCAGGGCUAAGAUAUAAAUGUCUGCUUAAACCUGAUACAGAUAAAAUCUGCCAGCUGAUGUGGAAUCCAAGAUGGGCUGAUACAAAUAGGAUUUUAAUAACUAAAUGUAGAUGAGAUUAUUAAAAUUGGUGUUUUAUUGUCCAUAUAUGCAGUAGCUGCAUCUAUGAAGGUUGAAAUCAGUCUGUUUAAAAAAAAAAAAAAAUCCAAAAUUAAACUGUCAGGCAUCCUUUGGAAGUUUGUUAAUUAUGAAAACCAUUAGAAGUAGCAUUCUGUGCUCUGGUACAACAGAAUUGUAGGAUGCGUUUAGUUAACGUUGAUGUCUGAUGUAUCUAUGCUAACAUGUCCUAGCAAUCUGUAGGAAGCCUUUAAUUAAAGCAGCUCUUCUAAUUAGCUGUCUUAAGUUCUUGACUGAAGGUUGCAACCCAAGAGCAAAGUUUCUUCUUAGGAUGUUUAGGGGUGUUACUGGAGGUAGUAAUCCAUGAAGAGUUCUGCUCCAUGAAGGCCACCUUGAGAAAUGCAAUACUUUCCCCACCCUGGUUUGGGAUAGCUUGGGUUCGGCGUUGUUCUGGGGAAAAUGCCGGUUCUGCCUUGUGGCAGUGCUCUAACUCCUAAAAUGUUACUUCACCGUGCGCUCCCAGUAGCAAUGUGAGCUCGUAAGCGAAGGAAUGCAGCAGUCUUAGGAUAGCACGGUGACAAGGCAGGCUGGAGUUUGUGUCCCAAAAAAAGACAAAAUGAUAAAACCGUCCUUAGGAUUGUUUCAAACAGAACUGCGUGAAGAGAAGCAGCCCAACACGAAACUGUGAAAAUAUUUACGGGCCAUAAAGGGGAGGUGGGGGGUGGGUGGAGAAUUAUGGCCAGUUUUACUUCAGUGGUUACUGUGUCAGAGGGACAAUAAAGAGAGGAUUUAAUGAGUUACCUCUGGGAAUGACGUUGAGUCACAUAUCCAUGCAUCUUUCGUAGUGUACUAGCUAUAGCCUAAACUGACUUUGCACAACUCCCUCCAUGUAAAUAUCACUUUAUAGUUUGUGCUUUAAUAAGUAGGCCUAAUUGAAAUUUAGAUAUCCCGAACUAUAAAAUAUUUAACAAAAAAGUUUUUUAGCUUUUGUGUACCCUGUGAAGUGCCACAAAUUUGUGCAUCUCGAAUUUUAAGCUCGCAGUACAUGGAAAAAUACUAAGUUGCAUUAUACUUUUUUAUUAAAAAAGAAAUAAAGAAACCCCAAUAUAUUUGAGUUCCAGUGAUGUUUCACAUUGGCAAGAACUGAUAGAUAAUAUAAAGAUUUUUUUCAUUAUGUAAAUGUAUGUCUUGUUGUAUAUAGUUCAAUUUUUCUUGUAUUUAAUUGUAUUCAUGUCUGUAUGUCACAUCUAUGUUGGACUCUGCUGGUAGGCAAACACUUCUUUUAAACAGGUGGAAAUAAAAUAAAAAAUCAAUCGA